AUGAUAUCAGGAAAUAUAAACAAAUAUUCACAUUUUGCUCAAAAGAAUGGUAGAAUUUUUAACUUUUUCUUCACAACAUAUAGAAAAGUAACAUAUUGUUAUAAAAAUAAUUUCCAGACUUCAUCGAUUUUAUUAAAAUUUCCAUUAAGAAAUAAAAGAUACUUUACUAAUAAUGAUAAUAAUAUAAAUAAAUUACCCUUAUAUUGGGAAAACGCAGAAGAUAUAGCUGAUAUGCUUUUUGAGGAAUACAGAAAUGUAGAUCCCCUAACGUUAAGAUUUGAACAACUCGAAAACAUGAUAAUAGACACUGUUGUAAAAAAAAAUAAACGACAAUUAAAUGGACAGUGUAAUGAAGGAGUUUUAGAAAAUAUUCAAAUGAAUUGGCUAGAAAAAUAUAAUGAAGAGAAUGAUUAA